AUGCCAGCUUACAGAUUAGAAGUAGCUAGUAGCAACAGAGCACAGUGUAAUGGUGGCAAACCAUGCAAGGGGACAAAAAUUGAGAAAGGCUCUUUGCGUCUGGGCACAUGGGUAACAUUCCAAGAACGAGGUACUUUCAAAUGGCGUCAUUGGGGUUGUACGACACCUGCUGUUCUCAGUAACAUUCAUGGACAAUUCGAAGAAGCAACAGAGAUAGAUGGGUUUGAUGAACUAUCUCCAGAUUACCAGGAAAAAGUUGUCAAAGCCUUCAAAGACGGUCAUGUGGCGGAAGAAGAUAUUCCGGAAAGUGCAAAGGUCCCAAAUGGGGGUGAUGGUGAAGACGGCGAUAUACCAUCUUCCAGUCCCGUGAAAAAGAAAACGCCCAAAAAGACCCCCAAAGAUAAAGAAGAGGUUGACGUAGACGGCUCUAAGUCUACAAAAACGACGGCAAAGGCUAGGGCAAGUAAGAAAGAGGAAGCGGAGACAUUUACUGGUAGUGCGGGUGAUGAUGAUGAUGUUCCUAAGAAAACCAGACCCAAAGCUCCUAAAGGGAAAAAGUCAAAGUCAGAACCUGAACCUGAAUCAAGUGACGAAGAGGAGGAGAAACCUAAGAAAGAGAGUCAGAAAGAAAAGGGCAAGAAGGGAAAAAUAAUCGAAGAUGAAGAAGAGGAAGAGGAGAAACCUAAGAGUAAGGGGAAAUCGACAAGUAAAAGAGGAAAAAAUAUCAAAGAUGAAGACGAAGAUGAAGAUGUCAAGCCUGCUAGUAAAAAGGCGAAAUUGUCCAGUAAACCCACUAAGAAAGCCAAGAAGGCCAAGGAGGAGUCGGAGGAUGAGGAUGAGUGA